CUAGAAGUUUUUUUUUUUUCCUGAAUUGUUUUAUGCCUCUGUUCACUGUGUCUCAUGUCUCUUUCAGCAUCUUGAGUAACUAGGAGAUAGAGUUAGGUCAUGUCUUGAACAGUGUUGUUUCCUAUGCUUGCCCAUUUGUUAGCUGUUCACACGGGAGGCCAUAUUUAGUCUUUGCAGUUCUCCACUGCACAGAGUGAAUGUCUCUCUCCCAUUAUUCCUCCCUUUAGAUGAAUAAGCAGAAAGUAAGAGGGGAUAAGUCAUUUGCCCAAGGUACAGCCCACAGGGACCACGUGGCGGAGCUGCAACUGAACAUAAAUGGUCUCCACCCCGAAGACUGCUCUUAACCACACAGCUGUGAACUGUAGAUCUGGCAGGAGCUGGUAUCUUUACUAACCAAUGCGUUCAAAUGUUGAUAUUGCAUGAAGAAACACCGAGACUUUUUCUUAUAGAAAUUGCUUCCCUUUUUUUCUCUCUUAAAGAUAACUGUAAAGAAUAUUCAGAUGAGAUCAUUUUAUUUUCAUAUGUAAAUGAAAUUGAUAUUCGUGAUUGUCCUCUAAUUCCGAAUGAAAAGCGCGGCACCAUAAUGUGGUAUAAAAAUGACAGCAAGACACCCGUAUCAGUAGAACAGAGCGCCAGGAUUCAUCAGCAGAAUGAACGGCUUUGGUUUGCUCCUGCCAAGAUGGAGGACUCGGGAUAUUACUAUUGUAUAGUGAGAAACUCAACUCACUGUCUCAAAACUAAAAUAACCAUGAAGGUUUUAGAGAAAGACCCUGGCUUGUGUUACAGCACGCAAGCCACCUUCAAACAGCGCCUCUACAUCGCAGGGGAUGGAAGUCUUGUGUGCCCUUAUUUGGAUUUUUUUAAAGAUGAAAACAACCAGUUACCCAAAGUUCAGUGGUAUAAGGUAAUUUCACUUUAAGUAUGAUAUUUUAUUUUUAGACAG